UUUAACAUAAUCUUGAGAAACCUAUGCUUACAUGUAGCAAUUAAGCACUCAUCAGUUUACAGUUUUUCCACACUUCAUGAGCUCCUUGUUUUCCAUUUUUGCUGUUGUUUAACAACCUAAACACAAGUGUGUUGAGACUUUCCAGCAUUUUUUUGAGGUAGCGGGAUAAAGUCCCACAGCCAUUGAACGCAGCCGUCCCCUGUAACUCAAACGUGGAAGGCGCGAAGACUGCUGUUGAGAAUGCUGGUAUGAAAGUAUAAUUUUAGACAACAAGCAUACGAUUACUCAGGCAGGUAAACCCAAGUCACAGAUUAGUGCCGCCAGUACCCGGAUGUGAAGCUUUGCGCAGACACCUGGAGCCGCGUGCAGCUAACCUGAGGAGGGCUAACUAACUGGAUCUGCCUCCUGUCUGCUGCAGACGUGGAGGCAUGAGCGGCUGCAGCAGCAGUGACCUGGACGAGGAGCUCCCGGUGUUCGACUUCCUGCAGCCAUCCCAGCGCUGCAGUCAGAUCUCUCCAACAGAAUCCGAUAAAGCAGCAAGGACUAAGCAAGGAGCGGCAGAUGUCAUGACGAUAAGCAGCGACUCAGAUGAUGAUUAUGCUCCUCUGGCACAGAGACUUAAAUCCAACAGUGAUCCCUCUGCUGUCUCCAACGGGAAGAUUCCUGACUGUGGUUCAUUCUUCAGUCGAUCCUCUCAGAACGGCAUUAUAGUGACUGAGCAUGCUCCUGGUGUGAGACAGGAGGAGCCUCAAAGCUUAGAAACCUCUCCUGCCAGGAGAAAACUGACCAAGCGGACAAGAGAGGAGAUCCAGACGUCUCGGGAGGAGGCCCUGAGGAGGAGGCAGGAAAAGGAGGAACAGGAGAAACAGAAGGCAGAGAAGAGAGCGGUAGCAGAGGCUGCCAAAGCCCUGAGGCCAGACGAGUGCAUCAAACACAUGGUGGUAGCUGUGGAUCCAGCCCUCCUGCAGCUGGAAGGAGGCGGGGCUCUGCUGGCCUCGCUGCAGGCUCUGGGUUGCAGCUGCGCCAUCGAGAAGCAGCCCCUCCCACGCAGCGUUAGCUGGGCGAGAAGAGCCCCACCCACUCAGAGUUCCUCUGGAGCCAGUGUUCCUGAGAGCCAGGUGGUGAUGCAGAUGACGGUGGAGGACUUCAUCACUCUGACCCAUAACUUCAUCCAGCAGGAACAGAAGGCCGGCCGCUCUGACUCUGCUCCCUCUCUGACCACCUGGGUGCAGCAGCAGCAGAGACGUCAGCCCAGCAAGACCCUCAGCCUGGCCGUCAUUGAACUGGAGAAGUACUUCAGAUCACAGAAAGCUGUGAACCAGAAGAAGUUUAAAGAGGCUGUGAGGGGUGAAGCGACAGCAGGAGGAGGAAGAGGAGCGAAGGAGAGGAGGAAGAAGGGCGGUGCUGAGGCUCUGCCUGAGGUCUCCAGAGUCCAGGUGGAGGAGGCCGUGGUUCAGCUCCAGCUUCAUUCUGGCAUCUCGGUCCACUUUCUGCCGUCAUGGAAAGAGUUUGCUGACUACAUUGCCAUGACAACCAAAGCCGUGGCAGAGGCACCAUUCAAGAGGGAGCGGGAGAAGACCGGCUUCUCUUUCUACCUGGAGAGCGAGUGGGCGGGAGGCCAUCGGGUGGACAGAGGUGGGAGGGGCCUGCUGCAGGUGUGGAAGAGGCAGAUCCAGCAGUUCAACAGAGUCAGUCCGGACAUGGCCGCGGCCAUCCUGGCAGCUUAUCCGUCCCCGCAGCUGCUCCUGCAGGCGUACGCUCAGUGCCACACUGAAUCCGAGAGGAUGUCUCUCUUGUCCGACCUUUUGAUCCGCAGAGGGGAGGGCGUCACGUCCACAACACGGAGAGUUGGGCCAGAGCUUUCCAAGCGGAUCUUCCUUGCGAUGCAUUCUCCUGAUCCAGAGCAGACUCUGGAUUCAAGCCUCUGAACGCUUUUGGUUCAAAGUUUCCAUUGUUUUUAAGUAAAAGUUUUCCUAAACUGUUUUCUUGGACUAUUUUUGAGUUUUAAACUUGUGUAACUUUUUUUUCCAAUAUUUCCCUUCACUUCAAACCUCUACUGUCUCAGGAAGAUAAAGUAUGACUUCUGUUAGACUUGUAUGUUAUUUUUAACUAUGAUGACCACAGAAGCAAAAGUUUCCUUUGUAAAGUAACACUGAUUAUCCUGACAAUAUCAUCUGUUUGGUAAGGAAAACCUGAACCAGAAAUCAUCCAAUCCUCUAAUGAUACGUUGGGAUGGUAGAAAUAAAGUGAACCAACAGUCAUUUC